AUGUCAAAUCGUGAGAACUCCAUCGGUUCACAUACGCACACCCAAUUAUAUACCGUCAUCAAAUCAUUUGAAGCUAGAUUACCUGAUGAAUUGACGAUCCAGGAGGGUGAUAUAGUUGAAAUAAUUAGCGAUGACUCCGAAUUUGAUGAUGGUUGGUAUAUGGGUAAAAAUUUAUCCACUGGCCAAGUUGGAUUAUACCCAAAAAUAUUUACGAAAAUAAAGAAAUCUUCGAAUGAUUUAGUUAAAAAGCCAUCCUUGCUACGUUCAAGGUCAAGGAGAACUCCUCAAAGUAGCCCCAUAACAGCUAACUCAUCAUCUUAUUUUGAAGAUUCUCAUGAAGCUCCUGCAGUGACCCAUCCAUCUAAUAAUAAUGAUGCUAAUGUGAAUCGAUACGUCAGCGAUAUAGAUAAUGCUUUAAAAGAAUUAUCAGUCGACAAGAAAAAUGCAUCGAGCACAUCAAUAGUUAACUCGAAUGACGAUUCAUUGAAUCGUGAAAAUGUUGAAAAUUGGUCUCCCUAUCAAGUUGCAGAAUAUUUUAGUAAUAUAGUUGGUGCUGAAACGGCCAAUAAAUUUAUAGUUCACAAGAUCUCUGGCCAUAUUUUACUUGAAUUAGAGCUAGCGUAUUUGAAGGAACUUGAUAUCAACUCGUUUGGUACAAGGUUUGAAAUUUAUAAAGAAAUUGAAGAACUCAGAAAAUUUCAAAAUCCGACUCUUGGCAAUAGUAGCUUCAACCAAAAUGAGUUUUUCAAUUCAACCAUUAGGUCAAAUGAUAACAUACAUGCGCUUGCAUCUAACCAAUUGAAUAAAAGGCAGAGUUCUAUUGGCUCAAGCAGAUUUAGCUAUAAACAAACUCCUCGCCCUCAAUCUUACGUUGAGUUAGGAAAUCCAAAUCGCCUAAAUAGUAUAAAAACAUCACCAUCGCCUUUACAGUUUGACAAUUCAAAUACUGAUCUAUCUUCAGAUGCACUUCAAAUGACACCAGAGCCAAUUGUAUCAAAUGAACAGUUUGCAUCCCCUAGGAGGGCACCUGCGCCUCCAAGUUACCCUAGCCCAGUUUCCAAUAAUCCAACCAAAUUUGGCAUUAAAUCACCUGAAAAAUUACCAGUGAUGACAAGCAAUACCAUUCCAAAAUUGACGGGUCCAUCUCAUAGUAGAAACACAUCUACAGGCGCUGUAUCGUCUAUUUACAUUGACACAUCGCCAACUGUGAACUCAAGGAGAAAUUCCAUUACUGCAUCCCGAGAUGAGUCUCUUUAUAUCGAUAAUAAUGCUAAAUAUAUCAAUAAAACAAAUAAGGGUCACAGGCGCUAUUCUUCUGUUGUCAUAAAUAAAGAAGUUGAUGGAGAAGAUAAUAGGUCAAGCAAUACUUAUAACGAACCAAACACACCUAUUGAUACAGUCACUGCUUUUGAACGUCAAAAGAACACAAAUGGUAGUCCAUUAAAGCAAGCAAAUAUGUCUCCUAAUAGAAGAUCUGUUUCCGCAAAAGAGUUUGCCCAAAUAAUGAAGAACAAAGACGUUACUAACAAAAGAGUUGUGUCUGACAUUGCUGCACAAUCAACCUCCACUAAAACCGCAUUGAAUGCGCCUCCGCCACCUACUGUCUCCAAAAGUGGUUCUUUCAGGCAAAGGGUUGGAAAUAGGCUCAACAGUAAAGCACAAACUUCUGCAUUUCAGGAAGGUAUAAGAGCUAUCAAACCAGAUGAAGCAUUAAAAGAUGCAGACUACUCUGGUUGGAUGUUUAAGAAAGGUAAUUUAUCAAUUGGUUCAUGGAAGCACAGAUUUUUUACGUUACAUAAAACAAGGCUUUCCUAUUAUGUCACAACAAGCGACUCCAAGGAGAAGGGAUUAAUUGACAUUACAUCACAUCGUGUGCUACCUGCAACUGAGGCAGAGGAUAAAUUAAGCGCAGUCUACGCAGCAUCUGCAGGUUAUGGUAGAUACUGUUUUAAGUUAGUGCCACCUGCUCCGGGUUCUAGAUCGGGGUUGACUUUCACCCAACAAAAAGUUCAUUAUUUUGCUGUUGAAACAAGGGAAGAAAUGAGAGGAUGGAUGUCUGCUUUGAUGAAAGCGACAAUUGAAUUGGAUGAAACGGUACCUGCUAUUUCAUCAUGUGUGACGCCAACUAUUCCUUUACAGAAGGCGCAAGAAUUAAUGGCAGCAGCAAGGGAAAAUGCAAGGGAAAAUUACGAAAAUAUUCAAAGGAUCAAAGAAGGUAGGAUGAAUACUACUUUAUUAGAGUCCGACAACAAAGAGCAACAAACAUCAUAUUUGGUAAAUGAUUCGAGUUAUGACUCCGGUUCUCCGGUUGAUGAAAAUGAGACAACAUUUAAUACGUCUUCAAGACGGACCAACAGUAGUAUGACCCCGACUAGUCCCGAUUCCAAUCCUUUGAGGAAAUACGGCAAACAAUCAGGUAGUAAGUCUUCGUCGCCAUUAAAUGGUAUGUCUACGCCAUAUUUGAUGACCUCAGGUAUGAUUUCUCCAAAUGCUGUCAAUGAAUCAUCAACUAAUAUAGAUUCACCUGCACGUUAUGCUUCUACUAAAGGAUAUUUUCCUACUGUCACUAAAUUAGAUGAUGAUACACCACUUGAUCCACCAUCGAAAACACUGCAUAGCUCCAAUUCAUUCUCAAAGAGGCUAAGGUCAUUGAGAAAAUCAGGUAAAGAUUGA